AUGAAGAUCCUGUACCUGCUCUUCCCCUUCUUCCUCCUGUUGAUCCAGAGUGCUGCAGAUGAGAGGGGAAGAGCAGAGAUGGGAAGCUUUGGCCUAUGCAGACUAAGAAGAGGGUUCUGUGCUCGUGGGCGCUGCCGCUUCCCUGCAAUACCUAUUGGAAGAUGUUCAAGAUUUGUCCAGUGCUGCAGACGACUUGGAGUCGGGGCUGCCAACACUAAGAUAACAUGGGUCCAAACUGUCUGCAAUAAGGACUGA